AGCAAUGCUCAGGUGAGUUUUUCUGAUCGCUCGAUGUCCGGCGUCCGUCGUCCGUCGUCUGUCAACAUUUAGCUUGUGUAUGCAAUAGAGGCUGUAUUUUUCAAUUAAUCUUCAUGAAUAUUGGUCAGAAUGAUAACCUUGAUGAAAUCUAGGCCGAGUUCGAAAAUGGGUCAUCUCGGGUCAAAAACUAGGUCACUAGGUCAAAUCAAAGAAAAACCUUGUGUAUGCGAUAGAGGCUGUAUUUUUCAUUUAAUCUUCAUGAAUAUUGGUCAGAAUGAUAACUUUGAUGAAAUCUAGGCCGAGUUCGAAAAUGGGUCAUCUCGGGUCAAAAACUAGGUCACUAGGUCAAAUCAAAGAAAAACCUUGUGUAUGCGAUAGAGGCGGUAUUUUUCAAUUAAUCUUCAUGAAUAUUGGUCAGAAUGAUAACCUUGAUGAAAUCUAAGCCGAGUUCGAAAAUGGGUCAUCUCGGGUCAAAAACUAGGUCACUAGGUCAUAUCACCUAAAAACCUUGUGUAUGCCAUAGAGGCUGUAUUUUUCAAUUGAUCUUCAUGAAUUUUGGUCAGAAUGAUUACCUUGAUGAAAUUUAGACCAAGUUCGAAAAUAGGUCAUCUUGGGUCAAAAACUAGGUCACUAGGUCAAAUCAAAGAAAAACCUUGUGUAUGCGAUAGAGGCUGUAUUUUUCAAUUGAUCUUCAUGAAUUUUGCUCAGAAUGAUUGCCUUGAUGAAAUCUAGGCCGAGUUCGAAAAUGGGUCAUCUCGGGUCAAAAACUAGGUCACUAGGUCAAAUCAAAGAAAAACCUUGUGUAUGUGAUAGAGGCGGUAUUUUUCAAUUGAUCUUCAUGAAUUUUGGUCAGAAUGAUAUCCUUGAUGAAAUCUAGGCCGAGUUCGAAAAUGGGUCAUCUGGGGUCAAAAACUAGGUCACUAGGUCAUAUCACCUAAAAACCUUGUGUAUGCCAUAGAGGCUGUAUUUUUCAAUUGAUCUUCAUGAAUUUUGGUCAGAAUGAUUACCUUGAUGAAAUUUAGACCAAGUUUGAAAAUAGGUCAUCUUGGGUCAAAAACUAGGUCACUAGGUCAAAUCGAAGAAAAACAUUGUGUAUGCAAUAGAGGAUGUAUUUUUCAAUUGAUCUGUAUGAAAUUUGGUCAGAAAGAUUGUCUUGAUGAAAUCUAGGUCGAUUUUGAAUAUGGGUUAUCUGAGGUCAAAAACUAGGUCACUAGGUCAAAUUAAAGAAAAAUCUUGUGUAUGCGAUAGAGACUUUUUUUUCCAUUGAUUUUUAUGAAAUUUGGUCAGGUUGAUUGCCUUAAUGAAAUCUAGGUCGAAUUUGAAUAUGGGUCAUCUGAGGUCAAAAACUAGGUCACUUGGUCAAAUCAAAGAAAAAACUUCUGUAUGUGAUAGAGGCUGUAUUUUUCAGUUGAUCUUCAUGAAUUUUGGUCAGAAUGAUUGCCUUGAUAAAAUCUAGGUCGAGUUUGAACAUGGGUCAUCUAGGGUCAAAAACUAGGUCAUAUCUAAGGAAAUGCUUGUUUUAUCGCAAGAGACCAAUUUUUUGGUCCAAUCUUAAUGAAAAUUGGUCAGAAUAUUUGUUUCCUUGAAAUCACUAGGUCGUACAUGUUUUACACUGUUAUGGAGUGUUUCUUAGGUGAGCGACCUAGGGCCAUCUUGGCCCUCUUGUUUCAUGGUGGGGCUUAUUUAUGCUAUACAUGACGGGGAAUAUAUUUUAACAUUUUGCCACGCUUAGUUUCAACAAAAUUACUUUAUUGUCAGAAAAAAAUUAUAAACUGUGUUUUAUAGAUUGCAGGAUAAACAGAUUUGUUGAUUCGUGAAGCCAUGAAGGAAAAGACCGUAGUUGUAACAGGCUUUGGACCUUUUGGAAGCCACAAAGUGAAUGCAAGCUGGGAGUGUGUUAAGCUGUUGAAAGAACAGGGACUGGGUGAAGAAGUAGACGUGUUCAUUUAUGAGUUGCCAGUAGAGUAUAAUACAGUUAAAAGACAGGUUCCACAGAUCUGGGACAGCCAUAAACCAGAUUUGGUUGUACAUGUUGGUGUAUCGGGUAUAGCCAAAGAGAUCACUCUAGAACAGCAAGCACACAAUGAUGGUUAUGAUAGAGAAGAUAUACAGAACUGUAAGGCAGACGACCUUUGCUGUGUGCCGGGAGCCGAUGACUGUUUAAUUGCUGGACUAGAUAUGGAAAAUGUCUGUGAUAAAGUGAACAAGUCAGGGACCAAAACAAGAGCUGUUGUAUCUCAUGAUGCUGGGAGGUAUCUAUGUGACUUUUCCUACUUCACGUCACUACAUAUCAACAGAAACCGCACAGCAUUUAUCCACGUACCACCUCUAGGUCAACCAUACAGUAUAGAGGAACUGGUUGAAGCCCUCAGAGUCGCUAUCCUCGGAUGUUGGAGCAAGCUGAUAGACAUUCAUGAUGACGUCUGCUUCGAGAUGAUGUCGUCUGCUUUAUUCUUAUGUGUUGCCUUCAUUGAUGAUUCAUGAUCUGUUUUCACUGAUGUUCUCAAAUUUGUAAUUGUUUCAGUGGUUUUAAAACUGAAUUUGGAGAUCAGUCAAAACUUGAGCAGCUGAUUGGUGACUGGUCACCAAAUUCAGCUUUAUAACCUUGUUUAUUAUACGUUUUUCAGUGAAUUUUUGAAAUAUUAGAGUGAAAUAUGCUGUAUAUCUGGUAUUUUCACAGUGAAAAAUAUCAAACGUAGUUUUCACUGGUAAGAAACUAUAAAAUGGGUAAAUUUAGUUAAAACACACAUGACCACCAUAUCUUAAAAUAUUGCAUCUGUUGUUUACUUGUGAAAGAUAUUUCAAUCUUACACUGAACAAAUGUCCUAGGUAUUUUUGGCCAAUUUUUUGUGUGUUUUGAUGUUAAAAAUGGCAGUAUAACAGACACACAUGUGAUAAGGUCAGAAUCUCAAAACUGGAGGGUUGCUCUUUUCAGCUGGAGUUGGGGUCUCAAAACUUGAGGUUUUGCUUUGAACGUUUGAACGUAAUUUCUUAUUAUCAGUAUACACUGCCGAUGCAUUUUUAUACGCGAAGGGACGUAUUAUGUUAUACCCCCCACUGGCACCAGACCAGAAAGAAAAUGCCUCUGUA